AUGCCACUUGCAGACGAUGCCAAUAUGAUGGCCUCAGAGGAAUUUCAAACCCUACUGGACAUAACUACGACAAACUCCAUCAAAAAGGCCUUAACAUCGGCCAUGGGGGUCAUGUCCUCCACAAUUACACGGUCCAUAACUCAGGCAUUGAUGAAAGGGCACCCUAGAACCCAGGCCCCUCCACAAACAUCUGAUAUGCCCAGCAUACAUUUGCCAGGCCACAAGACCUCGAGCAAGCGUAAACACCCUGAUCCCCCUCCACAUAUCCAGGAUAACCCUGGUUUGAAGGACAUGCCUCAGGCUGUCCAAGAUGGCGUGCAACAACUGCGCAAUAGAGCCACUAGCCGAGCAAAAGUGGCCAGACAUUGGAAACAGAUGAGGGCCUAUGAGAUCAUGUCUGACUUGGACUAUAGUGAUGAGGAGGGCUCAGAUGAGGUAUUUUCAGACCCUUAUGAGGACAAGGUUUCCGAGGAUGAGAACGUCAUGGGGAUGCAAUUGGCCACCACUCUGUCCAAAAAGGCCCGAGAUAACCCAGAUGAGCCUACGCUGGCUUUCGACCUGGAUGACUUGCGCCAUCUGUGCUCAGUUGAAUGGGAGCCACCAGAGCAUAUUGCACAAUACUUGGCACUGAAGGUCCACAAACCCCUCUCCCAGGAGGGCCAUAAUAAACUGAGAGCUGAAUGCCCCCGACCCAUUAUCCUAGACAUGGCGGUCACAGAUCGUACAAUUUCUAUCAAAAACCAUCUGGAAGGGCCUAGACCACUCCUUACGGAAUUGCAAUGA